AGCCACUGAUCUCAUUUUGCCGCUCUUGACAUGACCCUUCCGACUCCCAUUGUGUAGCAAAACCAUCAACGUUCAACAAAGUCUCAUGUAAAGGUUCCUCUAUACAUGCAAUUAACCACCACCACUGAACACACAACCGACUAGAGGUCAACCCAAGUCUUUAAUAAUAGUGAAAGAAGGAAGGAGAAGAAAGGAAAGGAAAAACACUAUGCUCUCGACUACCACCGUACCCUUGCUGCUACUUGCAGCCAGGAGCGUCUAUGCCGUAGGCUGCGCGACUCACACCUUCGGCCACUGCGAGGACGGCAUCACGCACUGGUACGACCCGGACGACUUCCAGAUCUGCGACCCACUGGACUGCGGCGGCGGGCGCGCUCCCCCCAAGACCAACAACCCCUGCUGCGGCAGCUACAAAGGGACGGAGGCGUGCGUGGACACGCCCUCGUACAUGUCCUGCCUCGUGGCCAAGGCGACGGCCGCGACGUCGAGCAGCGUCGCUGCCAUCACCGCCGCCACCACCACCACUUCGGAGAGCGAGAUCGUCGUGCAGACCACGAUGCCGACCACGUCGCCCACCGUCGCCAUCGUCACCUCGUCCUUCCCGGUAUCCCCCAUGCCCACGAACACGGACGAGAGCAGCUCCGGGAUCACCACAGAGCCGACCACCAGCGGAUAUACGAGUCAGGUCACCGUCACCACCAGGACCAACACGCAAGAGAGUGGUAGCAGCAGCAGCACCAGCACCAGCACCAGCACUGGCACCGGCGCGUCCAGCUCAGGUAGCACUACCAGCAGUGGCUCUCAAUCAACCUCCACUCCCAACGCAGCAGGGCGCAUGGAAUAUGACUCACUAGUAGUUGUCGCUGGCGCUGCGUUUGCCGGUGUUCUUGCCAUGGCUUAGUUCUAGGAUUUGGCACUCUUUUUGUAGUAUCUUGGUGGUCAAAAGCUUCAUAUUCGGCGAAAUUUUGUUUGAAAGGCUAGUUAAGAGCAUACCCAAUUCAUUUCCUCGCGCAUACUGAGAUGAUUGUACGAUGACACAGGUUUGCUUUCGUCUUAUCGAUUCACAUGUUCCAUAAUCUUUGUAUUACCAUCCAUUCACACUUGCCAAUUACGUAAGGUUGGAUUUCAAGGGUUGUAGCGGGCAAAAAGGUUCUUUUGGUCUAGACUAGCCGAGAUCUUGUCAAGUAAACAUGUUUGCGCAUUUUCCUCCUUGA